UUAAUUGAAAGAGUACAAGCAGCUGAAGUAGCUGUUCAAGCAUUAAAUCGGCGUAAACAAGAAAAUGAAAAAAAAUUUCGCAAUCAAUCAUAUUAUUAUAACUUUGAAAGAUUUGUUGCUAUUCUGAGAGAAAUUAAAGGAUUUAUUCAAGAUGUAACUCAUUUAUCUGGUUACAGAAAAUUUAUUUCAAGCGUUCAUAUUAAAGAGAGAUUUCAACAAUUAAUUACAGAUUUUGAUAGUGUUGUAGCGGAUUUACAACUGGCAAUGGUAAUUGCUAAUGAGGAGGAAAGACAGUCGGAUAUCGCUAUGUUACAAGAAGAUAUUGACGAAAUGACCAAAUUUUUAGAAAAAAUUGAAGGUGGCGUAACAACUAUUGAUAAAAAGAUUAGUAAUGUUCUCGAACACAUCUUAACUUUAAAAGGCAAAUCAUCCGAAAAAGAUUUCAACCCUAUUAUCAAUAGAAUUGAUUCAAAUGAGUUAAAAGAACCUGUUGGUGGUAGUCAAGUUCUAUCAUCACGUAACAAGCAUAAGAUACAUAAAAAACUUUAUAGAGGCCAGGAUGUAGCAUGUAAACUUAUUGCCGAGGAACAAAAUAAAUCUGAUAAAUCUGAAAAAUUAACGGAAACAGUUCCACCAAUUUCAAAUAGGGUUCAUGCUGAAUUGGCAAUUUUGAGUAAUUUAGGGAAAUGCGAUUACAUUAUUAAUUUUCAUGGAUUAUGUGAAAAGGAUGGAAGUGUUUUGGGUGUUUUUGGAUGGGCAGAGAAUGGAAAUUUGAGAGAACUAUAUGGGAGAUAUGAAAUUGAAUGGCCUCGAAAAUUAAAAAUUGCAUUAAACAUUUGUCGUGGGAUUACUUUUCUUCAUGGAUGUCAAAUUUUACAUCAUGAUAUUAGAUGUGAAAAUAUAUUGAUAACCGAAAAUCUGGAACCAAAAAUUUCGAAUUUCAAGUAUAGUCGUGCUUUACAAGCAAAUACUACCAACAUUGGGAAUUUUACACAAAUCGUUCGUUGGUUAGCACCUGAGAAAAUGAAUUCAAAGAAAAUACAGACAGAAAUUGCAGCCGCUGUUUCAGCAGCACAACAGGCACCGAAUAAAGAUGAAGGUAAGAAAGAUAGGAAAGAUGAUGAUUAUGUUCCAUAUACCAUACAAUGUGAGAUAUUUAGUUUUGGAAUGUUACUUUGGGAAUUAGCUUUUCAAAGAUUUCCAUACAAAGAUAUGGAAAUUUCUGAAAUUCAAAAACAUGUAUUAAAUGGUAAAAGAGAACAUUUAAAUUUUCCUUUAAGUUCAUUUGGAGUUGAGAAAGAAUAUGGCAACAUUAUUAAAGCUGCCUGGCAAUCGGAUCCAUCUCUUCGUCCAGAAUUAAGUUAUUUAUUCAAUGAUCUCGAAAAUUUGAGUUCUCCUUUACUUUCAGAUCGUUCACCUAGAGGAUUAAAUCCGAGAAGAAGCGAAAUGGAAGUAACACCUAUUGAAUUGCCACCAGGAGAUACAGAUGAUUUCGAUUUAGACCAAAUAGAUUUUAUUUUGCCAAUGAUGAAACUUGAAGAUGGAAUAUCAGCUCAUAAGAUUGGAGACAGAAAAAAAGCUUUUGAUUGUUUUGAAAAACAUGCUGAAAUAAAUAAUAAAGUUGCAAAAUAUUGGCUUGGUUAUUAUUAUUGGGAAGGUUAUGUAGUUGAUAAAAAUUUAGGUAAAGCAGUUGAGUUAUUUAGAGAAGCUGCUGAUAAAGGGGUUCCUGAUGCCCAAUUAAGAUAUGCGUUUGCUUUAUCAGAUAAAAAUAGUCCACUUAAAUUUAAUUUAGAAGAUUUUGUGAAAUACUUAACUAUGGCGGCUGAUAAUGGAAAUACUGCAGCUCAAUUUAAUUUGGGUGAUUUAUAUUUCAAUGGAAAAUUGGGUAUUUCAAAGGAUGAAGAGAAAGGUUUAAGUUAUUUAAAAUUGGCAGCUAUUAAGGGUCAACCAAAAGCUCGUGCUAUGUUAGAUAAGUUAAAAAUCAAUUACUUCGUUUAAGAUUUGAUUUUAAUUUAAGCAAUAAGUUUUCUAUAAUUUAUUUACACAUAAAUAAAAUAUCAUGUUUUUUUUAAAAAAAAAUAAUA